AUGGCAGAAAAUUCUCAAAGCUUUGGGAAUAAAGCAUCGGAGCUUGACAAUUCUCUAAUAAAAGAGGUAAGUGAAUUAAAAUCACAAAUGUUAAAUAUGACUACUCUUCUUACUUCUUUUGUACUAGGUACUCCUCUUAAAGUAACAAAGUGUGGAGUUUGUGGCUUGGUUGGUCAUCAAAAUGACAAAUGUCCCGAGGUGAUCGAGGAUGUAAACAUUGUUCGAAGAUAUGACCCCCACGGUAAUACAUACAAUUCGGGGUGGAGAGACAACCCAAACUUAAGAUGGGGGAAUGACAACCAAAAGCACACACACGCACCAUCCACCUCUUCAACGCAAGGUACGAAUCUUGAAGAUAUUAUCAAAGCUUUGGCAACUAACACUCUUUCUUUUCAACAAGAGAUGAAACAACAAAUGACUCAGCUUACUACAACCACAAGUAAGAUGGAUGGGAAAGGCAAACUUUCAGCUCAACCGGGCCAUGCUAAUGUAAGUGUCAUUUCACUAAGGAGUGGUAAGAUUCUUGACACUCCCACCUCCAAAGAGAAAAAGGUAACUUCCAAACCCUUACCUCUUAAUAGUAAGAAUGAGUCCAAGGAAGAAAAGGUUGAAACAAACCCCUCACCAUCUAAUUCUAAAAAUGAUAAAUCUCCUCUUAAUGAUUUUACUCCUUACAUACCUAAACCUCCUUUUCCCUCUAGGUUGACUCCAAAAGAGAAGGAAACACCCAAGGAGGAAGAACUCUUGGAGAUGUUUAGAAAGGUGCAAAUAAACUUGCCCCUUCUCGAUGCAAUCCAACAAGUCCCGUGGUAUGCAAAGUUUCUAAAGGAGUUGUGUACCAACAAGAGGAAAACAAAAGAAAGACCAAUGGUAACUCAAAAUGUUUCGGCUCUUCUUAAGAGUAAUAUUCCAGAAAAAUGCAAUGACCCCGGUAUGUUUUCUCUACCUUGUGUAAUAGGAAAUAGGCUAAUUUCUCAUGUAAUGCUUGACUUAGGAGCAUCCAUAAAUGUCACGCCAUACAAUGUCUUUAAAGAUCUAGAACUCAAUAAUUUGCAAAAAACUAGUGUAUGCAUACAACUAGCGGAUGAUCUCUUAUUUCACCAUUAG